CGCUACCACAACACGACGGCAUUUUCACGCAGUCAAUUUUUGGAAUACGGUGCACGACUUGUGAAACGAAAGGCCAAUCGUUCUUCGUAUCAUUAAUAAGGCCCAGCAAUGGAAAACUUAACUCUAAACGAGUUGUACACAUCGGAAAAACGUGGCAACGAUGAAACGGGCAAAGGCACGGCGGAGGAACCCUUCAAAACCAUUCUCCGGGCGAUGAAGCAUGCCGGCAAGGAACCGUUCCCCACGAUCUACGCCGACAGCAAGGACGAGAAAGCGGAAUCCCCGUACGAGGUGGCCGCCAAGUCGCAGCUGAAGAAGAUCCAAAAGAUCUGGGCCCGCGACAACAUGAAGGGCGACAAGCAGAAGCGCGAGGAGGAAGAGAAGGCCAAAAAUCGGGAACAGAACCUGGAGGAGGCGAAGAAGAUCACCAUCCAGGAGGAUCCGUCCUGGCCGGCAGCCAAAUCGAUCAAGAUUACGCACGGUGCCGACAAUCGGGGCGUUCGCGUGCGCAUCUACGGAUGGGUGCAUCGGCUGCGCCGACAGGGCAAGGGCUUGAUGUUUAUCACACUGCGCGACGGUACCGGGUUUCUGCAGUGCGUGCUGACCGACACCCUGUGUCAAACGUACAAUGCACUCGUGCUGUCGACGGAAUCGUCGGUGCAGCUGUUCGGUACGCUGAAGGAGGUACCCGCCGGCAAAACGGCACCCGGUGGGCACGAGCUGCACGCGGACUACUGGGAGCUGAUCGGACUGGCGCCGGCUGGUGGUGCUGACGCAAUCCUGAACGAGGAGGCACACCCGGACGUUCAGCUGGACAACCGGCACAUUAUGAUCCGUGGGGAGAACACGUCCAAGAUUUUGAAAAUGCGCGACGUAGUGAUGCAAGCGUUCCGCUCGCAUUACUUCGACCGUGGCUACACGGAAGUGACACCGCCGACACUCGUGCAAACGCAGGUAGAGGGUGGUGCCACCCUGUUCAAGCUGGACUACUUCGGCGAGGAAGCUUUCCUUACGCAGAGCUCCCAGCUGUAUCUGGAAACGUGCAUACCGGCGUUGGGUGACGUGUUUUGCGUGGCGCAAAGCUACCGCGCAGAGCAGAGCCGCACCCGGCGCCAUCUGGCCGAGUAUAGCCACAUCGAGGGCGAGUGUCCGUUCAUUACCUUCGACGAUCUGCUCGACCGGCUCGAGGAUCUGAUCUGCGACGUUGUCGACCGGGUGCUGAAGUCCCCGUGGGGCUACAUGGUGCAGGAGCUGAACCCGGGCUUUGUGGCACCGAAGCGGCCCUUCCGGCGCAUGAACUACGCGGAUGCGAUCGUCUGGCUGAAGGAAAACAACGUGACAAAGGAGGACGGCAGUUUCUACGAGUUCGGGGAGGAUAUUCCGGAGGCGCCCGAGCGCAAGAUGACGGACACGAUCAACGAACCGAUCAUGCUGUGCCGCUUCCCGGCAGAGAUUAAAUCGUUCUACAUGGCCAAGUGCGAGGACGAUCCGCGCCUUACGGAGAGCGUUGAUGUGCUGUUGCCGAACGUGGGCGAAAUUGUUGGCGGAUCGAUGAGGUCGUGGAAGUACGACGAGCUGCUGGACGGAUACAAGCGCGAAGGCAUCGACCCGAAACCGUACUACUGGUACGUGGACCAGCGCGUGUACGGUACGGAACCGCACGGUGGCUAUGGGUUGGGAUUGGAACGGUUCCUGUGCUGGCUGCUGAACCGCUACCACAUCCGUGAGGUGUGCCUGUAUCCUCGGUUCCUCGAACGAUGCCGGCCUUAAAAUGCGGGGUUGGUUCCAUUCAUCCCGUACAAAAGACAACCCACUUUGCGCAUUAUGGCCGGUGUGCUUUUAUCACCUGCCCAAUUUCUGCAUUUUUGCCUGUGCAUUGAUUGCUUACCAAGUUCUCAAACAUAAAGAUAAUAAAUAUUCAUACCCUCAAUAGCAGCCCAAAA